UUUUCUUGAUAUUUUUUCCUUUCUUUUCUAUUUUUUAUUUUUUUUUGUUAAUCAUUUAUGGUGUAGCCCCAAGGAAAAAGCAGCAAUGUUGAAUCACUGGUGUUGGUAAAUUAUUCAUCAGAGGUAGAAGUAGGCUAUGAUUUUCUAUUGCUUUCAUGUAGCAUUCUUUGCAUUUCAUAUAUAUUUUUUGUAACAUAUUGUCGUCUAGGGGUCAUAUACAUAUUUUCAGGUCCCAUGAUUUUUUAGGCCCAUUCCAGAGAGAGGAAGAGGGAGAGAGAGAGAAAGCCAAAGCGGAGGGAAAAUCUUAGCGCAAAGAGAGCUUUGGGAUAUUUAUGUGUCAAAUCUGUGUGGUGGGGUUCCUACAAAAUCAUAUUAUUGUCCUUGUGAGAGUAAAGAGAGACAGAUUAAAGGUGUAAAAGACGGGGGGAAACAGCAAACAUGUUGCCUUCCCAAGAAGCCUCCAAGAUCUACCAUGACAACUACAUGCGCAACUCCCGGGCCAUCGGGGUUCUGUGGGCCAUCUUCACCAUCUGCUUCGCCAUCGUCAACGUGGUGGUGUUCAUCCAGCCCUACUGGAUUGGCGACAGCGUCAAGACGCCGCACAUCGGCCACUUCGGCCUUUUUCACUACUGCGUGGGCAGCGUGCAGGCGUCCAGCCGGGACCUCACCUGCGUGGGCAGCUUCUCCGACUUCGGCUCCAUCCCGUCGGGAGCCUUCAAGGCCGCCUCGGUGUUCGUGCUCCUGUCCAUGGUGCUGAUCCUCAGCUGCAUCGCCUGCAUGGCGCUCUUCUUCUUCUGCAACACCUCCACCGUUUACAAGACCUGUGCCUGGAUGCAGCUGCUGUGCGGAGUGUGCCUGGUGCUGGGUUGCAUGAUCUUCCCCGACGGCUGGGAUGCAGAAGUGAUCCGGGAUAUGUGUGGGGAGCAUUCAGGGAAAUACUCUCUGGGUGACUGCUCAGUACGCUGGGCCUACAUGCUGGCCAUCAUGGGCAUCCUGGACGCCCUCAUCCUCUCCUUCCUGGCCUUCGUCCUGGGAAACCGGCAGACAGACUUCUAUCUGGAUGAUCUGCAGACAGACAACAAAGAUUUUGCUGUUUCGAGGAUUGAGGUACGAGACAGAAGAGAGCCGCGGUACGGAGUGCAACGUCUCCACUGAGGGCAACAAUGGCACUGAACAACUUCUAUUGAUCUCUUUCUCUUCUCUAUCUCUCCGUCCUCUAUUCUUCUUUCCUAUCCAAUGAUCAGGAUAUCACCCAAUUUCAAUGCAGACACCGCGUGUAUAGGAUUGUGUAAGAUAAAAAAAGAAACUACAACAAACACGAGGAUAAACUAUAUUUUGAAAAAAAAACAAGGUUGUACAGUGCAUUUAACACUCAACUUUCUCAACAAAUACCUUUAUGAUGAAAAAUAUUUACUGUAUUUAAAGUCUUGAGUUUUUUUUGUGUGUGUGUGUGAGAACUCCGAUCCCUAAGAUGAAGAACCAUAAUGUCCGUUUUACAGUUCUUUAUUUAAAGUGUCACUAUUUACUGACUUUGAGUUUGUGUGAUGUGUACAUUCAAAACAUCAAACAACAGAUAAAUGGUACUCCUCACACUGUUACAGGGACAAGACUCACAAUAUAUCAGAACGUUCCAUUACUACACCCGUAAAAAAAUCAAAAAAUGAAAAAACUACAGGGACUCAUAUGGCUCUUCAUCUGAGGACAUUUAAAUGUGAAGAAUUGAAAGGAGUACCCCAUUGCAGCUUUACAGAAUUUAACAUCUCUGGGAGAUUCUCUACUGUACAUAUUAAACAAUGUAAAUAACAUAACUGCUGAUGUGAACAGCCGACAACAAAACCUCAUCUGACUCCGAUGCAUUCGAGUAUAGUAGUAUUUCUACCCUCCGUUUCAGUGUUCCUCAUGCUGGAAGGGCAUCUGAGUAUACGUUCGGAUUUGCUGUGUUCCUACGAUUCCCCACUACUGAUUUAGCGGGAUCACACAGAGGGGAAUAACACAGAUAUCAUAGCUGGAAGAUCCACAGAAAAGCAGAGCACCGUGACUCGGAAUUAUUGUGUUUGAUCACUUUUUUAUUUUCUUUUUUCUUUUUUUUUUUGAGGGGAAAAAAAGACACUACUCCUGCAUCAACAUGGCCUCAAAAGAAGCUGCUUAUUGUAGAUCCCCACCCUCUAGUAUGUUGUAGAUUUUACCAUUGACUUUAGCUGCAGCUGUCAUGUAAAAAAAUCUUUGAUUUGUGUUUCACUUGUUUGUGUCAUCUCACAAUGCCCCUCUCUUCAGUGUGCAGUUUACUCCAGUUAAUGGUUCCAGCAUACAGUGAUCAGUUUACGCUACAGAUGUCUUAAGACUGUGUGAAUAUGACUGCUAGUGCUGGCCCCAAGUGCUGCAUUAAGGCGAUGUCAGAUACGCCUCUUUAAAACAGAAAAUCCCCGGUGGGACAAGCAUCUGCUAUAAAAAAAGUUUCAAAUUUAAGUAAUAAUACAGAAAGCUAGUGUUGCAAAAAGACUGAGGGAGACACUUUCUGAAAUAAAAGCAUUUGAAUUCUUCAGUGUAAUUCUUCAUGAAUAAGGAAAAAAGGUGAAUGAGUUAAUGUGCUAAACUUGAUUUGAAAUUUUUAAUGCAAUUUCUAAAGCGAUAGCUUGGAUUUUUUUUAAAAGUGAAGUGCUAUGAAGUCAUCAGUAAAAUACUUAAAGUAAGAAAAUUUGUGUUUAUGUGAAUAUUCAUUUAUUGUAGAAAUGCUUCUAGGCGAUAAAUCCCUUUAAUCUAAUUAUUUUCUCCUUAAAUUGUACCAUAUUUUGAAAGAAAAGGCAUUUUUUGAGUUGAGCAUCAGAGCUCUAUAUGUGGGUUACACCAUGAAACGCUAGCCAAGCCCUUUAUGCUCAGGGCAUAAAGCUUAUUUUGCUACUGCCUGCAGUUUGGCAUCCAUUAAUUCAUUGAAAGAUUGAUGUUUGAACAAACAAGACAUAGAAGAUAUUUGUAGCUUACAAAUUUAAAACAAGGACCUCAACAACAACAGUCUUGAAAGUCCUUGUUAAGCUGGACACCAGCUUGGUCAGACACUGCUGUGGGAUGGCAUUUGAUUCCUCAACCAGCCAUUGUCACCAGUCAGCCAGUGUGGUUGUAUUGGCAUUAACGGGACACCCUGACUGACCAGGCAGGUACUUGUAUGCAGGCAGAUCAUUACAUCCUCUCCACUCCCAGAUUCUGGAGGUAUUUUCUGGUAAAUCCGCCUCUGGAGUUGCCUGAAAACAAACCAGCCCUUGAGAAACGAUUGUUUGUUGAAAAACAAUUGUUUCCUGCAGGCUGUGGACUCUGUUGAAGUUUUAAAAUUUACCCAACUGCUGAUGUUUGGCUGUCAUAUGUAAUGUGCCAGUUCUAUGCUAUGAAGAUUACUGGCUAAUUCAAUAUCUGGGAUGGUUAGUUAGUUAGUUAGUUAGUUAGUUAGUUAGUUAGUUAGUUAGUUAGUUAGUUAGUUAGUUAGUUAGUUAGUUAGUUAGUUAGUUAGUUAGUUAGUUAGUUAGUUAGUAGCUAAAGCCAGACUACAACUCUAAAGCAGCACAGAAAAUCAACAUUCACAACUUCUUCGGUUCGCUGUUUGGCCCGGCAGAAACUCAACCAGAGCUGCAAGCUCGAUCUGAAUUUAACAGAAUAGUGCAAGCAAGCAAUGGCUGGGCUAAUUCUGGAGGCAAGCAUUGACAUUUUGGAGGAUAGAAUUUGAUCCCUCAGAGGGGAGAUGUGGAGAUUUUCACUGGUUUCACUGAGAUUGCCUUUAAUGACGACAAGCCUUGGUUUUCCAGUGAGGGUCAUGCUGCCCUACACCAAACACACUGCCUCCAUCAGAAACAGAUUGGCCUUGGUUGUGUAGCACAGAGAAGGUUAUCAUGAGGGUGACGCAGAUACUCAACUCUACAACAGUUUAGGAAGCAUUAUUAAAAUCAAACAAUGACCAAACAUAAAUCUUCUUACUAACUAACCUGUUUAGUUCAUUACUUAUUGUAGACAUUACGUUCUAAUUCAGAACUAGCCUGGCAGAUUAGCCUUGGAUAACUUUAACCAUUUAAAACAACAAAACAAACUUGUUUAAUCUGUGGGAUGUAAAGCUGCCAUUGAGGACAUUAAAUGCUACAGUUUCACAAGUCACCACUCUCAUUUUUUUUCACCUAAGCAAUGUGUUUCUGUGCUAAAGUUACAUUAGUUGAGGUCGUUGGAUGAGACAAUGGGACUCGUCAACUCUUUUAAGAGAGUAAACCAUUACAUUUUCAACCUGUCAUUUCAGCAACUUUAUCAAAGAAUGUGAUAAAGUUGCUCUCAAAGUGGUUUGGAAAUGAUCCCAUUCAGAUUGAUACUUUGCCAAAGUAACUUUAGCACAGUCAGAGAUAUUUGGCUACAAAAACAAGAAAUAAACAUUACUGAAUAUGUACUAGUUAAUAUCUACUAAGGUAGCCCUGCAUCACAUGGUAUUAAGAUUUUCGGUUUGAAUUUUUUAAAUUUAUUUUAUUUCUAAAAUUAGCUAAGGUAGGUGGAGACCAUUCCUAAUAGCUACUGGCCUUCCACUGCUAUCUGCUGUUAAAUGACAUCUAUACCACAAAGGCAACAAACUGAUAACUUACAGAAGCUCACAGAUUCAAGCUAUCGCCUUAAAACACAUUUUAAUACAACAUUUAGGCAAACGCUGAUAAAUCAUUUUAAACAUUUUGCAUCAAGUCCUGUUUUUCUUCCAUCAUUUUUAUUUAUGAAUAUCAUUGAAACACAAGAUGGUAGUAAAGUAAAAAUUCCACUCCCUUAUUCUUAAGCUUUUUAAAAAAUGAUUGUUUUUUUGACACUCCCAUUUUUCCAAGUUAUUUAGAUUCAGAAAACCUCAGAAAUGACUCAUUUUCAGCUAAUCAGGGCAUAUGUUUGUGAGAGCAACACAUUAAAUGCUACCUUUACUUUCAUUACUAUACAUGUUAUUCAAAACAGCAGCAUGAACUUCAAACUGUGGAGGCUAUGAUGCCAGAACCGAGCUGCAGAGGCAAAUCCAAAUAAACAGUUUUAACUUUCCUAAAAGAGUGUUAGCUGCUCACAUGACAUUGGAAAUAUUCAAAAUGGUUUUGAACACAAAAUAUCAUCUUAGAGUUUGUCAAACCGGCAGCAGAUUCUAUGUGGUGGAUGAUUCCGACAUUUCCACCUUAAGAGAACUUUCCAGAUUUUUAUUGUUAGUUUUGCAUUUGGCUGUGAACGUAAAGCCUUAAAAAAUGUUGAUGUGAUCGUGUGCUUACCUUUCUGUUAGUAAUGGUCAUGAGGCGAUUUGAGAUCCUCACAGUAUUUGAACCUUGAGGGGGAAAAAAAAGUCAGGCAUUAUGCAAAAUUGAAAAUUAAAGUAGAUUUUAUUUAACACAGAAACAAUUUAACAAUUUAUUCUGUCAUUCCUUUGAAAAAAACUAAUUGAUUAUUAAAUUGGAAUAAUUAUCUAUUACUUUUAUUCAUUAUUUUGAGUUGCUUAUUCAACAACAUAUUCAUUUUUGACUCUCUGCUCAAGGUGCACUGGGCCUUCUUUGGCUCAGGAGUGUGCAGCAACAGGUGGGGGAUGGGGAGUGUUGUGCAGUUCUAUUCUCCAUACAGCCAGACUAGACUUACAUCAGUCUGGUAGUUUCUCAGCCUUAAACUUUUAACACCAGUGUAAUGAAACAUGUUAGCAGUUUGUGAAACGGGUUAAUCCCAAAUCACAAGCUGGUUCUCUUGCUGAAUCAACAGUUGAUGUGGUUUCAAAUGUUGAACUUUUCUGAAGUCCAGAAUAUGUGUUGAACUUAAGAAAUACAAGCAAAUGGCAUUUUUUACCUCCAUGUUGUUUAGAAAGUCGAUUUGAUGGGAUUAUUGAUUCUUUACAACCUUUGAGCUUAUUGGUCUGAAAUUUGCUAAAAAAAAAAAAUAAAAUAAAUCCCCAAAAACCUGCAGACCACACACUGUCCUCUGGGAUAACUGCCAGAUAUUUCCUGCGUUAUCCAUGUAGCUGUGACAUUAAACUGGUUGUUUCCCUUGCUGAUAGAUUUGGACUUAGACAUGAUUUCACAUCCUGGUCUAGAGACUUGAUGGCUUCCAAAUGAUCAGUUUACACAAGAACAAAGGAGAUACAGUAGGUUGUUAGUGUUCAUCAAAUGAAAGUGUCAUAAUUUGAACAAAAAGGUAUUACCUGCUUUACAUUACUAACUGCCAGAGAGAGCUUUGUUUUCUUUUGUCUAAGCUCAAUUACUGUACCCGCUGGCCAAAUGAUGGGUUCUUUAUGCUUUAGCUGCUUCAUAUUUCUCCAUUGUUUGCUGUGAUUCUGGUGACUAGCAGGACUCAACCAUGACAAAAUGUGGUUGCACAAUAUGACAAAGCAGUCUGCUGUAAUCCAGGGCACCAUGGGGGAUUUUUAUCCCUCUCAGAGGAACCCUUCAGGCUGACACACUGUAACUGAAACUCCCAAAGCUUGGCUUAAGUCAUGACAGGAAUAAAAUUAGCUGUGUGCAUAGAUAAUUGUUUUAUAUGAGAAACUGACUUGCUGUGCCCAAGUAAAGGAAAGGUACAGUCAUACCAUAAAUCCUCCUAAGUAGACAAAUGAUUUUUACCGAGCUGUCAAAUAUUGACCUGGUGUUUUAAACAUUGGGCCAAAUCACAAACAGAAAACACCCUCCAUAAAGUAUCCUUUUACUGUUAUAACUAACUUCAAUGUCAGACAGUGUUAGGGAAGCAUUCUUUAUUGUUUUUUUCAGGAUGGUUUUGAAGGGUGUGUGUGAGCAGUCAAUGUCUCACUGACAGUAGAUAGUGGUUUGAUAAAUCCAUGAUUGGAGAAGAUUUGCAGACUUCCCAAAAACUGCAUCAUCUGUGGAAAUGUUUAGAACAUUCAGAGUUAUUAGCUUCAUGCCACUCAGUUUACUAAGUAGUGGAACAGCAGUCAUCCUAUUUAGCCAAAAACAAAACAGAAUCCCUUCUUUUCAGAUGGUGUGAAAGUGUUUCAAUAAACCACUCCAACAUUUUUGAGUGCCAUUCAGCUAAGUAGAAAAGCAAUUGCUUAGCGGUUGGCUUGGCUAGCCCAAAAAAAUGUUCCAGGUUUUUUUUAAAAAUUGACAUUACUUGGAGGUGUGAAGUGCUUAAUAAACCAAAACCAGGAAGUUAGUUACUUCCAUAAACUUGCAUUAAUUUCCUACUCAACAUCAUGAGACUGAUCUGACCACUGUCCACUCCAGUUGAGACAUCUAGAAACUGUAGUCUAUGACUGCUGAUACAUUCACUGUGGGGAAAGUCCAAAACUCAGAUUUUUCUCUCAUGAAGAAUUUCAAACAACCUUUAAAAGUUGACUAAUUUAUAAAUGAAGGACAUGAUGCCUACCGACUGAACCAAUUGGAUACCGUUUCACUUGGUUCAUUUGCAAAUUCCAGUGCAUUCCUUUACUAUACAGAUAGCUAGAUGUACAGUGUCUUUUUAGAAUGGUAGCUAGCUAAUUCUCAGGAAGCUGUGUACUAAGUACUGUAUUAAAGGCUCAUUUUGGAAAUAACAAACAAAACAAGUCAAAAACAAGAGUGACUUGACGAGGUCAUCAUUUAAAUGAUGAGUUGCUUCACUCUGGCUCUUGAUGAAGUGUAGACUAGAUUAGCACUGAUGAUGUUUUUCUUUCUGGGCCUUUAAGACAAUAUGAUAACAGCCCUUAUGCUGAAUCUAAUGAUGCUGUCUAUGGAGGCUCUGCACAGACCCCUGGCCUAUGUCAAUCCACUGUCGUAGUGUAAAAGUGCUGGGCCCUCAUUCAAGAGACGUUUAUUUCUGUUUUACCUUGAAUUAUUUGUGCAAACAUAAAAAAUACAAAAAAAAACAACAACAAAAAAAAAACAGAAACAUUCGCAGUGAAACAACCAUUUGGUAAAGAAUUCUCAUACUUGCUUUGGAUGUUUAUUUAGUUAUCAGAGCAGAAUUCCUUUACUGUUCCAUACGAAGGGCUGCGUUAAGCAGUCAGUCAUGUUUCUCACACAUUGUAGCGUGCAUCUGUCAUUUGUUUUGGGAGUUGUUUUUUUUUCACAGGCCCAGGACAUAAUUUCAUAACAUAUUAACAGUUAGAUUAUAACGAAAACAUAGCCCUGAGGCCUACGUGGUCAUGUGAGGCUUCCAAGAAUCAGUACCUGUACGAUCGUCGUUCUGGUCUUUUUUCUGGGUACUUUGGUUCCUGAGGACUUGACAAUGAACCUAUGAAAAAAAAAAAAAAAAAAAAAAAAAACUUAAAAA